GCAUUCAAUAAACAUGGCGAAGUGUUCUGAAUUUUAAAACUGUCUCUUCUUUUUCGUCCCAAAUUUCGACUUUAUAAUAACUGAGACUAGAAAACUAUGAAUGCCCCGGAACCAUUUGAGCCUUUUCUACUCCUAGCUGGCGAUAAAAAAAUUACUAUAACUAAAGAUACUAAAGUACCUAAUGCAGCACACUUUGUCGUGAACAAGGAAGAUCAUACGUUAGGCAAUGCAUUGAGAGCACAACUGUUAAGAGACCCACAAGUAAUAUUCGCGGGGUACAAAGUUCCUCAUCCACUUGAGCACAAGUUUGUACUAAGAGUACAGACAACACCUGACUACAGCCCACAAGAGGCGUUCACUAAUGCUAUAACAGAUAUGAUCAGUGAAGUCUCAUUGCUAGAAGAAAGAUUUAAGGCAGCUAUUAGAGAAAAGCAAGAAAGUAUGGAGUAAAGAAGUUGAAAAAAUGCCAGGGCGCAUCUAAGUUUCAAAUCCAACAUCUUUAGUGACCAAAAGUUAUACAAUAUCUUAGUGCACAUUGGCCAGCAAGCAUUAAAAGAAACUGAAGCCAAGCUAAAUUUUUGACACUAAAAAACUACAAGAAUCUGAAAAAAUAGGGGGUUGAAAUUUUUUGGAGUAUGAAAUAGUUAGUACUUAACAAUUAUAAACUAAGGCAAAGUGAAUAAGAGGGAUUAUCAUAUGACCCAUAUCUAUCCGGGCGCGCGCUCUUAGGAAAACCUUCGGGAAAAUGCCGUGAGCAGGGCUGUAUGAAUCCUUACGGCCCUGCUCAAAACCUACGAGUAUUGACAUAAUUUGCAACUUUUAAAAUAUCUUUUUUAUUUAGGGUCAUAUGAUAAAAUGCUUAUUGACUGAGUAAGGUCGGGCAGUAUGGGAAAAUAUUUGGCUCUCGGCCAUUUGUACAGACCUCGCUGCACUCGGUCCAUACGGCAUCACCUCAAGCCAAAUAUUUUCCCCUACGGCCCUGCCACUCAGUUAAUAAGUACAUAAUAUUUAGGAAGCUAUGAGUCUUGGAGCUGCAAGGUAAAUAUUCCCCAUAUUCACAUAGCCUAAGGUGAAUAAUAAUUGUUUUGGCAUAAUUUUAGACUUGAAUGUCAUAGACUGAUUCUUUAAUUGGAUGUUUUCGCUGUCCUGUCAAAGGAGCGAAAACUAUGACUUGUGGAAUCAGUCUAUGAAUAUCAGAUAAAAGAUGAAAUUCCGGAUGAAAAAUGUUUUAGCUCUGGCAAUCUUUGGGACACCUUAUAAUCACUACUUGAGCAGUGAAUAUUGUCUCAUAAUCACAGGUUGCUUGACCUAUCACAGUGCACAAAAUUCUAUAUUCAAGUCUAUGAUAAUAGUAAAUAGUAUUAUAGUAAUAGCAUUUAGCAGAUAUAUGCUUUUGGCCUACUAUUUGUCUUCGUCUUGCUCCACUGCAAUUUGAUAGUACAUGCCUUCAGGUUUGUCACUGCAAACGUUUACUAUAAUAGCCUAGUACAUUUAACAUGAAUGUAAGGUUUUGUAAGAUAGUUUGAUUAUCCAUUAAUAAAAUGCGUAAAUUAUUGUGACAUGCAAAUCCGUAGAUCCAAUUUACCUGCUGCCGAAAAAAAUGCUCAAAUAUGAUUCUGCAAAUAAUUUGUUUUUGUCUUGGCCAACAAAAUCGAACAUAACACACUCAUGAAGAGGAUUUAGGUCUGCAAAGUGAACUUUAUAACAAGCAAAAACCAAAAUCCAGACCAAACAAUAGAUAAAUUUUCUGCUUUUGCAGGAUCUACCAAAUUUGUUUUAUAAUUUAACUCUGAAUCAAUGAUUCGGUAAUCUAGACUAAAUUUGGGAUCCGGAGAUCCACCGAUCUGAACUGACCUACCAAUCAGCUAAUUGAAAUUUUAGAAAACACCGUGGUCACUGCAUGGCAUGCUUAACACAUUGAGCUUUUCAGUCAUACAAAAACUGGUCUAAGACCUUCAAUCCUAGAAAUAAACUUUGAAAUAAACACAGGU